GAAAUUUAUAGUACAGCGGACUAUUACCACACAUUUUCAAAAAUUAAAAGCUGCCAGUCUUUCAAGUUUUCGUGUCAAAGUUAUAACUACUGCACCUGGCUUUGCACAGUACCUUACUACCGCCAAGGAAAUGUCGAAACAAACAAGCAUCGGCGCGUUUUUUAAACCGUUCGCCGAAGAAAAUAAGACAAAAGGAAUAGUAAGGCCUAUUAAUAACUCUCAGAAGAGGACAAUAAGCACAGUAGAGCGUGGAAAUAACUCUCAAAAGAAGGGGAAAAAAUUGCAGGAAACCCCAGAAAAGUCACCUAGCGUUUCUUCUGAAGUAUCCCCCAAAACGUCAGAAGAAAAGGCAGACUUAACAGAUUCUUCACCGGAAACAUCCCCAAGGCUUCCAGUUUUAAAAAGGCAUCUUAAACGACGUAUACUAUUUUCCUCGGAUGAUGAAGAAGAAAACAAGAAAUUGAAGUUGCAAAAUGAUGAAAAUAAUUCUGGGACACUAGAUGUCGAUCAUAUUGCCGAAAUGGAAAUCAUUGACAGCGAUAAUGAAAAAGAGAAAGUGGCGGAAGGAUCACUUGAUUCAAUGGAAGUGGAUGAUGGUGUUGGUCAGACGACAAACGAGAGUGGUGAUACUGUAACGACGAAGAAAACGAUUGGUAAACGACAGUCAAAAGGAUCGAAUAAAAAGACUAUUACAACAGGCAAGAAAAAAUCAGCUUCUGUACAGAAAAAAUCUCAAAAUAAAGUUCAAGAGACAGGGGUAGAAGUAGGAGAUGAAGUAGUCAUGCAAAAGUCAAAGUCUAGAGUAAUCACAAAAAAACAAAAAGAUCAAGAUAUGAAUCAUGAUAAGACUGACGAUAUUGAAUCUGAAAAUGAUUCUGAAGCUGAAGAGAAAGUAAAAUCUGCCAUAAAAACGUCGGCUGCCGACUUAGCAAGCCGUAGUCUUCCCAAAGAUAUUGGUGUAAGCUGGAAAGACGGAGAAUUAGUUCCUUAUGCAGCGCUCUGCAAAACUUUUGAAAAAAUAGAGGCAACUACAAAACGUCUUGAGAUUCAGGAGCAUCUAACUUCUCUUUUUGUUCAUGUAAUCGAAAAAAGUCCGAACAAUCUGCUGUUUGUCCUAUACCUGUGUUUGAACAGAGUUUGUCCUGAAUACGAAAGCUUGGAAUUAGGUGUUGGUGAGUCUUUGCUAAUAAAAGCCAUUGCUGAAACAACUGGUCGAAAAACUUCAAAGGUUAAAGAAGAGUUGGCAAAAUGGGGAGAUUUAGGUAAAGUUGCAAAGGACAGCAAAACUACUCAGCCAACUUUGGUUGCACCAAAACCUCUGACAGUUCAAGCAGUCUUUGAUAAAAUGAAGUUCAUUGCAGAAACUAGUGGACAAGACUCUCAAGAAAAGAAGGUUAGAGAAAUAAAACUCUUGCUGACGGCUUGUCGAGAUGAAGAGCCAAAAUACUUGAUCAGAUCACUUGAAGGAAAAUUGCGCAUUGGCCUUGCUGAACAGACUAUUUUAAUAUCAUUGGCUCAAGCGAUUAUUUUAAAAGAUCCUGUUUAUCAACAAUUACCCAAAGCGAAGAAGGCGGAAGAAUUAGCUGAAGCUCCUAAUAUAGUAAAAGCUGUUUACAGUGAAUUGCCAUCCUACGAUAUCAUCGUUCCUACUUUGCUUGAAUAUGGUGUUAAGGGACUAGCAGAACGGUGUAAAUUGACGCCUGGCAUUCCGAUUAAGCCCAUGUUGGCUCAUCCAACAAAAAGUAUCACCGAAGUGUUGGAUCGAGUGGAAGGGCAUAAAUUUACAUGCGAGUUCAAAUAUGACGGCGAACGUGGACAGAUUCAUAUGCUUGAAGAUGGUAUGGUCAAAAUUUAUAGUCGUAAUUUAGAAGACAGUUCAAUGAAGUUUCCGGAUAUAGUGGAAAAACUGCCAAAGAUAGUGAAGCCCGAUACCAAGUCUUUCGUACUUGAUUGUGAAGUUGUUGCAUGGGACCCAAAUAAAGGAUGCUUAUUACCGUUUCAGGUUUUAAGUACUCGUAAAAGGAAGGACGUCAAAGAAUCGGAUAUUAAAGUUGUUGUGUGCCUUUAUGCUUUCGACUUGCUAUAUUUAAAUGGAGAGUCACUCCUCAGGAAAUCGCUUGAGGAAAGACGUGAAUGUUUGUACGAGGCUUUCCAAGAGGUCGAGGGUAACUUUGCUUUUGCUAGUUACAUGAACGCCACGAGCACCGAUGAAAUUCAGACAUUCUUGGACGACAGCGUCAAAAACAGUUGUGAAGGGUUAAUGGUAAAAAUACUUGAUGGUCAGCAAUCAACUUAUGAACCUUCUAAGCGGUCCAGAAAUUGGCUGAAGCUAAAAAAAGAUUACCUUAGCGGCAUUGGAGAUUCUCUGGACCUUGUCGUUAUUGGUGCAUACUUAGGACGCGGGAAACGAAUGAAUGUAUAUGGUGCUUUCCUUCUUGCCUGUUAUGAUCCGAAUGAAGAACAAUAUCAAACAAUUUGUAAAAUUGGGACAGGAUUUUCAGAAGCGUCAUUAGAAAAUCAUUUUAAAUUUCUUAAAGAACAAGAAAUUUCUGAGCCAAAAAGUUAUUACGAUUACGACAGAAACACGAAGCCUGAUGUUUGGUUCGAACCGGUUCAGGUGUGGGAAAUUAAAGCUGCCGAUCUUAGCAUUUCUCCCGUUUAUAAGGCGGCUUUCGGAUUGGUUGAUUCCGCUAAAGGUAUUUCUUUACGUUUUCCCCGGUUUGUGCAAGUACGAGAAGACAAGAAAUCAGAAGACGCAACAACGAGCGAGCAGGUUGCUGACAUGUACAGGCAACAAUUUAAUAACAAAUAG